AUGCAAGAACUUCCAGCAGUACUUGCACCCUACUUCAGCUUCAGGGACGAGAUGAGCGUCUAUGACGGUCUUAUCUUCAAAGGAGAGCGACUCCUCAUCCCGAAACAGAUGCGGCCAAAGAUGAAAGAACACCUUCACAGCUCACACAUUGGCGUCAAUGGCUGUUUGAGGAGAGCUAGAGAGUGCAUGUACUGGCCCAGCAUGACCGCCGAGCUGAAGGAAUACAUCUCACAAUGCGAGACGUGUAGCAAAUAUGAGGUGAGGCAGCACAGAGAGUCCUUGAUGAGCCAUGAAAUUGCAGAACGCCCAUGGGGGAAGAUUGGUACAGAUUUGUACACCAUCAAUGGCCAGGACUACCUGAUCGUUGUUGACUAUUUCUCAAAUUUCUGGGAAAUCAACCACCUUCCUAACACAACAGCCAGCACUGUCAUAAAGAAGCUGAAAUGCCACUUCGCGAGACAAGGCAUACCAGACAUCGUCAUAAGUGACAAUGGCCCACAGUUUUCUUGCGAGAAAUUCAGUAACUUUGCCAACGAAUGGGGUUUUGAGCACCAAUCAGGAAGUCCUGGACACCAACAGACAAAUGGCAAGGCAGAAGCAGCUGUCAAAGAGGCGAAACGACUUCUGCGAAAGGCCAAAGACACCAAAGGUGACUUUUACCUUGCAGUACUGGUGCAUAGACACACCCCUACUGAGUCAAUGGGGACCAGUCCUGCCCAACGGUUACUUGGCCGACAUUGUAAGACACAACUCCCGACAACCAAAGAGCUACUAAAGCCGCAGUGUGUACCAGCUGAAACAGUAAAGAGGAAGAUGCAGGCAAAGCAGGUGCGGCAAGCUCUGUAG